GUCUCUCUUCUCUUCGGUACUAUAAAAUCCUCUAGACUUGAGAUUUACGUUCGAUAGACGACGACGAUGGAGGAGCCAACGACGGAGACAGAGAUUAAAACCGCGGACGUGACGACGACGCUGACACCUCCUCCGCCGAUGGCGUCACCUCAUCAGGAGCUAGUGGAGAGGCUCAAGGACUACGGACAGGAAGAUGUUUUCGCUCUCUGGGAAGAGCUCUCACCGAAAGAGCGUCACCUCCUCGUCACUGAAAUCGAGAAUUUGGAUCUUCCAAGAAUAGAUCGGAUCAUCAGAUGCUCACUUAACUCUCAAGGGUUGCCAGCGGCGGCGAUCGAGGCGCCGCCGGAGAGUUGUGUGUCGACGGUGGAGGAAAGAAGAAAGGAAGACAAAGAAAAAUGGUGGAAGAUGGGGUUGAAGGCUAUCUAUGAAGGCAAAUUGGGUGUGGUGCUUUUAUCUGGUGGACAGGGAACAAGACUUGGAAGUUCAGAUCCCAAAGGGUGUUAUAAUAUCGGACUGCCAUCUGGGAAGUCACUUUUCCAGAUUCAAGCUGAGAGGAUCUUAUGUGUCCAAAGGCUUGCUGCUCAGGCAAUGAGUGAGGCAGGUCCAACUCGCCCAGUUGCAAUACAGUGGUAUAUAAUGACCAGUCCAUUUACUCACGAACCAACACAAAAAUUCUUCGAGAGUCACAAGUAUUUUGGCCUUGAGCCAGAUCAAGUCACAUUUUUCCAACAAGGAACCCUACCUUGCAUUACAAAGGAUGGAAAGUUUAUCAUGGAGACACCUUUCAGUCUAGCCAAGGCUCCAGAUGGGAACGGGGGAGUUUAUGCAGCUCUAAAAUAUUCAGGGUUAUUAGAAGAUAUGGCUUCCAGGGGGAUAAAGUAUGUGGAUUGCUAUGGUGUUGACAAUGUUCUGGUUCGAGUAGCUGACCCUACUUUUCUAGGAUACUUCAUCGACAAAGGUGCAGCUUCUGCUGCAAAAGUAGUCCGUAAGGCAUAUCCACAAGAAAAGGUUGGAGUAUUUGUAAGGAGGGGAAAAGACGGGCCUCUGACCGUGGUUGAGUACACAGAGCUUGAUGAGUCCAUGGCUUCUGAAACUAAUCAACAAACAGGACGUCUUAAAUUUUGCUGGAGUAACGUGUGCUUACACAUGUUCACUCUGGAUUUCCUUAACCAAGUUGCAAACGGGCUGGAAAAAGACAGCAUUUACCAUGUGGCAGAGAAGAAGAUACCGUCUAUAAAUGGUUCUAUAGAGGGAGUGAAACUAGAACAGUUCAUAUUUGAUUGCUUUCCCUAUGCUCCUUCAACUGCACUCUUCGAGGUGUUGAGGGAGGAAGAAUUUGCGCCUGUAAAGAAUGCAAACGGGUCGAGCUUCGACACGCCAGAAAGCGCGAAACUGCUGGUUCUACGGCUGCACACACGUUGGGUCAUAGCAGCUGGUGGAUUUCUAACACACUCCGUACCUUUAUAUGCGACUGGUGUGGAAGUGUCACCACUGUGCUCGUACGCUGGAGAAAACCUGGAAGCGAUUUGCCGCGGAAGAACGUUUCACGCACCAUCAGCAAAACAGAUUCAUAUAGACUCUGCGAACCAUCCCGGUAACUCUGCAUCCAUAUGAACGACAAACGACGGUUGUUUCCUUGCACUGCGUGCUAGACUAUCCGCCUUUGAGUUAUGUGUCCGUGGUAUAUGAAUGAUCUCUGAGCUGUUGAAACUUCUCUUCAAGAACUUUAUGUCUUCCAAAUAACUUGCAAAGGCUGGCCACUCUUCUGGUUCUGAAACCAUCUUCACCAAUUGAGCACAAUCCGUUGCAAAAGUAACACAAGACUGUCGAAGAUUCCUCAUGCAUUCCAUUGCCCAUAUGAGAGCCUCUAUCUCUGUGUGUAGUGGCGACUGACUCGCUCUCGUAUUCUUGCUCCCAUUAGUCCAUCGUAACCUUCCAGGGUACUGUACCAUCCUUGCCCUGAAUAUUUAUCCUCUGUUUUCCAAGAUCCGUCCGUAAAACACCAUCUACCUGGUAUACUCGGUAUUGCCAAAGGUACUGGAACUUGGGUGCGGUCCGUACUCUGAGUCUGAGAGUUUUGUGCUUCCGCCCAAAGUAACGAUUCCGUUUCUGCCAAUUUGAGAGUAUCUAUGGGAUCCAUAUCCAAAUUGCUAAAAACUUUAUUGUUUCUACCUUUCCAUAUAUACCAGAGAAUCCAAGCAAA